AUGGAGAAGACUAGCGGGAAGAGCAACAUUGAUCUGCUCAACGAUUGCGAUAACUUCCCCUACUAUGAAACCGACCCCGGUCUCUACGAUGCCGCCCUGGACCGCCUCUACACGCUGCAGGUCGCCGACGACGACACAAUCCUCGGCUUCGUGCUGCCGGCUGUGGCCGAGGUGCUGCGCGGGCUGCCGCAGUGGACGCUGAGCGACGAGGACCGCUCGCUGGUGCUGGACAGGCCGGAGGACGACAGCGGCGACGACGACGACGGCGACGGCGACGGCGACGGGAGGCUGACGGAGCCGCAGCGCACCGCGCUGGUCGCGCAGACGACGCUGGCCAUGCGCGAAACGGGCCACUUCCAGGUGCUGGCCGGCUGGCGCGACGAGCUGUACCCCGUCUACGGCCGCGACGGCGCCAUGCUGUUCCGCAUCGAGCGCUCCGCCAGCCCGCUGUUCGGCGUCGUGUCGUACGGCGUGCACAUGACCGGGUACCGCAAGGAGGGGGGCGGAUACAAGUUCUGGAUCCCGCGCCGCGCCGCCACGAAGCAGACGUACGCCGGCAUGCUGGACAACACGGUCGCGGGCGGCCUGGCCGCCGGCGAGAAGCCCGCCGACGCCCUCGUGCGCGAGGCCGAGGAGGAGGCGAGCUUGCCCGCCGAACUCGUCAGGGAGAAGACGCGCCCCGUCGGCAACGUCUCGUACUUUCUGGUGAGAGACGAGCGCGCGGGCGGGGAGACGGGCCUGUUGCAGCCCGAGAGCCAGUAUGUGUAUGACCUGGAGCUGCCCGAGGAUGUCGUGCCCAAGCCGAACGACAACGAGGUCGAGUCGUUCCAGUUGAUGACGACGGAGGAGGUGCAGGCUGCGCUGAGGAAUGGAGAGUUCAAGCCCAAUUGCGCCCUGGUCAUGCUUGAUUUCUUCAUCAGACAUGGCAUUCUGACGCCGGAGAACGAGCCGGACUACUUGGAUAUUGUGUCGAGAUUGCAUCGUCGCUUCGAAUUUCCUACGGUUAGGAUGCCGGGCACAUCGUUGUAG